UAAACCCUGUGCGCGCGCGCGUGCGCGAUCCAAAAUGCCGACUUUCCUCGAAACGGUAGAGGAGCAGUUCGGCUCACGGGACCUAUACGAGGUCCUCCAGGUGGACAAGAGUGCCGAGGAAGCUGAUCUGAGACGCGCCUACCGCCGCCUGUCCCUGCGCGUCCACCCGGACCGCGCCAGUCCCGAGGAGGUGGCCUCUGCAACUGAAAAAUUCCAGACGCUGGGAAAGAUAUAUUCCAUACUGACCGACAAGGACAAGCGAGCCAUUUAUGAUGAGAAUGGCACAGUUGACGAGGAUAGCUCUAUUUUUGACCAGGAUAGAGAUUGGAGCGACUACUGGAGACUGCUGUUUCCCAAGAUCACAGUGGAAGACAUCAAGUCAUUUGAGGACAAGUACAAAGGUUCGGAGGAAGAGAUGGAGGACCUGAGGAGAGCCUAUCUGCAGCACGAGGGAGACAUGGAUGCCAUCAUGGGAGAAGUCCUCUGUUCCAGUGUGGAGGACGAGCCUCGCUACACUGCCCUGCUGCAGGGCUGGAUUGCAGACGGGGCUCUGCCCGACUUUGAAAAGUUCUCGGCGGAACCGGAGAAGAGGAAGAGAAAGAGGAAGGCUAGGUUCGAGAAGGAAGCAAAGGAGGCAAAAAAGAUGAAACUUGACGGGGAAGAGUCGACUGGCGACUUGUCUGCUCUGAUUAAGGCAAAGCAAUCGUCACUGUGACAAGAAAUGGACAGUUUUUUCGACAAACUCGAGCAGAAGUAUGCCAGUGGAAGUGUCUCGGGGAAAUCUAAGAAACGAGCUGCUGCCAGCAAUGCCUCUGGGUCGGGUACAGGUGGCGGGAAAACAAGGAAGGGUAAAGGCAGAAGAAAAAAGUGAACAACACGUAACUAAAGGUUUAAAAAUGAAAUGUCUGUUACUUGAAUUGCCAUCUAAGCAUGGUCUUUACUUAAUGUUUUGUACUAGUGAGGCAUGCAUCAUAACCACACAAAGGUUCAGUUUGUGAAAAGAUUUGUAUUCUAAUGUGAUUGAGUGAGUUUCUGUAAUUAUUAUCCCUCACUCUAUUCGUAUCAUCUGUGUUCUUGAUUGUAAUGCAUAUCAU